CUCCAGCGCACAGGGCGAAUCUCUCUUUUUUCAUCCACUGAUAUAGUAAUGUGACGGAGCAUUCUUCAACCUCACAAUUGGAGACCGAUAUCAAUGCUUGUAAUAAAACGAGAUAUCACAAAUGCUCAUCUCCUCCGACAUCAAUUUUUCCAAAGAAACGGUCGACCUCGAAACCCCACAGUUAUUUCAGUAGCUAUGACACGGCCACAAUUUUUAUGCGCUUUAACUGUCCAAUCAAAAUGUUUCUUAAGAGUAUUAUCUAGAGCUCAAUGGUGAUCAUUGUGGAUGGCCGGCUGGGCGGCGAUUAUGAGUCUCGAGUUGGAGGGUAGCACUAAAUCACCAAAUGCGGGGUACGGGACGGGAAUGCGAAGCUUGUGAACAAAGCAUCUAAAUAUAUAUAUAGAUCACAAAUUGAUGUUAUCGACAUAAGAAUUCUUGUAUAUUCUCAAAUACAACACUGUAAGCUCGUCGCAAUGCCACUCCAAUAUCUUGAUGCUUUGGUUGUGGGGACUGGCUUUGGUGGGAUCUACCAGCUGAAGAUGCUUCGAGACCAGGGUCUGAAGGUCAAGGCAAUUGACAAAGCAUCGGAUGUUGGGGGAACAUGGUAUUGGAAUCGCUAUCCAGGAGCCAUGUCUGACACAUAUUCUCUUCUGUAUAGAUUCUCUUGGGACCAUCAAGAUCUUAUGGAGUAUCCCUGGAAUACACAAUAUCUUCAAGGGCCUGAUAUCUUGAAAUACCUCCAACAUGUGGUCAAACGACACGACCUCAGGAAAGAUAUGCAAUUCGAAACGGAAAUGCAGUCCGCCGAAUGGAACGAGUCAGAGGGACGAUGGAUCGUGGGACUUUCAACUGGUGAAACCUGGAGUGUGAAGUACCUCGUGACAGGCCUUGGUCUACUCUCGAAAACCAACUUCCCAGCAAUCCCCAACCUCGAAAAAUUCGAAGGAGAGCUGUAUCACAGCGCAAAUUGGCCCAGGGAUGCCGAUUUGAAAGGCAAGCGAGUUGGUGUGAUCGGCAACGGGUCAACGGGAGUGCAGCUCAUCACCGCAAUUGCCCAGCAGGAUGAAGUGAAAGAACUGCUUUGCUUCCAGCGUAACCCACAAUACACCGUACCAGCAGGAAACGGAAAACUGUCCCAACAGGAACGCCAAGAAAUCAAUGAGAACUACCAGGAGAUCUGGGAGAAGGCCAAACAGAGUUAUUUUGCAUUCGGGUUUGAUGAAACCUCGCGGCCUACAUUUAGCGUGAGUCCCGAAGAGCGUGAGAAGAUUUACGAAGAGGCAUGGCGGAUCGGCAACGGUUUCCGCUUCAUGUUUUGGACAUUUGGGGACAUUGCCGUUGAUGAGAAGGCCAAUGUUGAGGCACAAGAUUUCAUCAAGAAGAAGAUUCGGCAGAUUGUGAAAGACCCGGAGAAGGCUCGUAAACUAUGUCCAACCGAAUUGUACGCCAGAAGACCUCUCUGUGAUUCUGGGUACUAUGAACAGUUUAACCGAGACAAUGUUGACAUUGUGGAUAUCAAGACCAAUCCGAUCACGGAGCUCACUCCCGUUGGCGUGAAAACAGCUGACGGAAAGGUGUAUGAGCUCGAUGUCCUGAUAUGCGCAACGGGUUUUGAUGCUGUCGAUGGAAAUUACACACGAAUUGCCAUCAAAGGGCGAGAAGGCGAAUCGCUGAAGGACCACUGGUCAGCCAUCGGCCCAACGUCAUACCUUGGGAUCAUGGUUCCGAAUUUCCCCAAUCUUUUCAUGAUUCUAGGUCCGAAUGGACCCUUUGCCAACUUGCCCCCUGCGAUUGAAGCUCAAGUCGAAAUUAUCUCCGAUCUCAUUGCCCGUACUGAACAGUCAACUUCAGCCAAAGCUACCAGACAAAAAAAUGAAGUCAACGGAGCCAAUGGUGCACACGCGAACGGGAGCACCAAAGGAGAAAAACCAAUACGAGGGGUAAUUGAAGCAGAGCGCGAAGCAGAAGAUAAUUGGACACAACGCUGUGAGAAACUCUCUGCUUCUAGUCUGUUCCGGAAGGUGGACUCGUGGGUGUUUGGUAAGAAUAUACCUGGUAAGAAAAAGGCUGUCAUGUUCUACUUUGGGGGCCUUGGUCCAUAUAUUAAGGAAGCCUCAGGACUGGUCGAGGACAUGAAGGGAUUCAGAAUUUCUUGAUCGAACGAUCGAAAUUCGGACCUUCAUGUUAUCCAAGUGUUUCGUCUAUGCGUCUCUAUUCGUAAACGGUCGAUGUCAUUGCCGUAACCUUUUGCGUUGAAAUUUUGAGAGAGUGUCUGUCUCACAGAAGUUUAAGUGACUGGCCUCGUGAGAAGGGGCGAGGAAAGCACAAAGAUUGCGGUCAGAUGAUGGUGGGAUAAUAAUAUCCUCUAUUAAUUUGAAAGCAGCAUAAUUGAUCGAUUCAAUUGAUUAUGUAGAAUUUAAAAUUCAGCACUGACAAAACAAAUGCGACCGCAC